AUGUUUCGGUUAGGGGGCCCAUUGAAACAAGCAUGGCCAUUGCUAACCAAACUGCCACUGCUUCCAUGUCGAUCCAACAUAAUGACCCAACCCCAUGCGCUUCGACUUGUUAAUAAGCGGCUCCCGAUACGGACAUUCACCAAAACAACUCGUUUACUACAUGGACCUACAAGCGAUGCUGAUCCAAAAGCAGCAAAGCCAUCUUUACCGAAGCCUCCAAAUACCGAAGAUAAAUCGAGCUCGCCAUACUCGCUCUUUGGAAGAAAAGUAUCUACAUCGGAAUUAUUCAUGAUGCGAUCAUUAUUCAAAACAAUCUGGCCCAAGGACAACCCCAAGUUCAAAAUUAGAGUCAUUAUUGCCGUGUCGUUAUUGAUUGGCUCCAAAUUGCUCAAUGUAGAGGUGCCAUUUCUUUUCAAGCAAAUCAUUGAUCAAAUGAAUGUUGAUUGGACCCAGGAAGUAGGCAUACUAUCCACUGUCAUUGGUUCAUUGAUACUCGCAUAUGGUGGUGCCAGGUUUGGUGCCGUGUUGUUUGGUGAAUUGAGAAAUGCCAUAUUUGCCAGUGUGGCCCAAACUGCUAUUAAAAGGGUGGCAUCAAAUACAUUUAACCGUUUGAUGAAUAUGGAUUUACAAUUUCAUUUGUCGCAACAAACCGGUGGGUUGACGAGAGCAAUUGAUCGAGGAACUAAAGGUAUUAGUUAUGUGCUCACGGCUAUGGUGUUUCACAUUAUACCCAUUACGUUUGAGAUUAGCAUUGUUUGUGGGAUUUUGAGUUACAACUAUGGGUUACCCUUUGCCGCCAUGACUUUUUGUACAAUGUUAGCAUACUCCAUCUUCACCAUAAAGACAACAGCAUGGAGAACUAAAUUUAGAAGGCAAGCCAACAAUGCCGAUAAUCAAGCAGCCAGCGUUGCUUUGGAUUCCUUGAUCAAUUAUGAGAGUGUCAAGAUCUUCAACAAUGAAGCUUUCCAACUGCAAAAGUACAAUAAUGCGUUGACCAAGUUUCAAAAUGCGCUGGUUAAAGUAGCCACUAGUUUGGCGUAUCUCAAUGCGGGGCAGAAUUUUAUAUUCACCCUGGCACUAACAGCCAUGAUGUAUAUGGGGUGUCAAGGUGUCGUUUCGGGAGGAUUGACCGUGGGUGACUUGGUCUUGAUCAACCAACUAGUGUUUCAAUUGAGUGUCCCGCUUAAUUUCUUGGGUAGUGUUUAUCGAGAAUUGAAGCAGAGUUUACUCGAUAUGGAAAACUUGUUUCAGUUGCAAAAUGUUCCCAUCAAGGUUACUGACGCUGAAGGUGCUCCUCAGUUGAAAUUGGACAAGACUAGCCCAGGUGAGAUUAAGUUUGAAAAUGUUACAUUUGGGUAUCAUCCCGAUAGACCCAUUUUGAAAAAUGUGUCAUUCACGAUCCCUGCGGGACAGAAAGUGGCAGUUGUUGGUCCGUCAGGAAGUGGGAAAUCAACAAUUUUACGUUUGGUGUUUAGAUUCUACGAUGUGGAUCUGGGACGGAUCUUGAUUGAUGGACAGGAUAUCACAAAAGUGUCGCUUGAAUCAUUGCGGAAAAAGAUUGGUGUUGUGCCUCAGGAAACCCCUCUUUUCAAUGACACCAUCAUUGAAAAUAUACGAUAUGGUGAUUUGCAAUCGACCGAUGACCAAAUUCACCAAGUUGUGUCGCUUGUACAACUAGACAACUUAAUCAAGGACUUACCUGAUGGAGAGAAUACCAUUGUUGGAGAACGAGGCAUGAUGAUAUCAGGUGGUGAAAAGCAAAGAUUGGCCAUUGCUCGUUUGCUUUUGAAGAACGCCCCCAUCACAUUUUUCGAUGAAGCUACAUCGGCCUUGGAUACGCAUACCGAGCAAGCAUUAUUAAAGACAAUUAGAACCAUUUUUAAACGCGACAAUAGAACAAAUGUAUCAAUUGCUCAUAGGUUGAGAACGAUUGCUGACGCCGACAAGAUUAUCGUGUUGAACAAGGGGCAUGUACAGGAACAAGGAUCGCAUAUGCAACUCUUGAGUGAGCCUGAGUCAUUGUAUGCCCAAUUGUGGAACAUUCAGGAGAAUUUAGACGUUGAAGAACAAUUGAGGUUGGAGGAGGAGGAACGGUUGAGAAAAGAAGAGCAGGAGUUGCAGGACCAGGAAAAGAAGGUGUAA